AUCGAACCAUUCUCCCCGCUAUUUUUGAUCUGCAUGUAAAACUUCUUGAUACAGAUUUAAAACAGCUCGCAUGGAGAAACUCAAGAAUAUUGUUACCAUCACAUUAGCACUCUUUGCGGCAUUAAUCAUGGUGUUCUUGCCAAAGUCGGAGUGCCAAAUUAAGCAACCACCACCGCUCGUUCCCCGUCCGCUUUGUGCCUCCCAAUUUUCACUCGCUAACUAUGCAUGCGCAAUGGUGCCAGCGGCAUCAGAACCCUCCCCUCCUUCCCUAAACAAUGGCCUCGACGAGGAGUUGGACGACGACGCAGAUGAUGACGAAGAAGAAGAGCACCAUCACAAUCACAAUCACAAUCACAAUCAUCAGCACAGACAUAGAGGAUACCGGCACAAUGGCAAGCACCACCUGCCACAAAAUAUAGACAAUUGUUGCCGGUGGAUAUCCCAGAUAGACAGCGGUUGUGUAUGUGAGCUGCUGUUUUACCUGCCCGGAUUCGCGACCUUCCUAAUGAGGCCCCUGCACGAUUUCACCGUUGAGAUUACUGACUCUUGCAACGUUACAUACUCGUGUGGGGGGGUUCAAUAUUAAGAGCUUGAUCAAUAAUACUGCAGUCACGUUAAUGGCGCGCAAUUAGCUGCAUGGGCAGUACGUGCAUGCUUGGUGCAACAUUUAGGUCUAGUUUGUUUUCAGAAAAUAUUUCAUCUCAUCUCAUCACUUUUCUAACUUUCAAUAUAAAAUAAAAUAAAUAAUU